AUGAGGAAAUGUUUGAUCAAAUAUAGACCUCAUAAUACGAAUUUCAUUUGGUCUGAAUUCGAUCUCUAAUUGAAGACUUAUAUUUAUAGAAUUAAUGAACUAUUCAAAGACUUGCAAUGUUCGUUGCAUGAUCAUGAUUCAAUUAUUGCCAUUUGCAUAGAUUCAAAUUGUGAGGAAGUUCAACAUAUCUUAUGUUUAAAAUGUAUCAUCAGUGAUCAUCAACAUGAAUCAUAGAAUAUUUUAGUUAUCUAAGAAAUAGUGAAUAAAAGAGAGAAACUCUUUAGAUUGAUUUAGUAUCUUCACAAUAAGGAAAAUAGUGAUCAUCAGUCUAACUUACAUGAGUAUACUUGGUUAUAGGAUUGCAUUCUAAAUGGUAAAUAGAUUCCAUAUCCAUCUUUGACAUUUGACAAUGUAUUCCUCACAGUAUAGGAUGCAUUCCUUACUAAUAUGGAUGAUCUUAAAUCACAAGUGGAGAAGAGUGUGCAUUCAUUGCAAUGCAAUUCUCAAAAAUACAAGAAGAUCUAGCAAUUCAAACAAAGAAUGGAUCAUUUAAUCAAAACUACUCAUUCCUAAAUAUAUCUAAAUUUUCAAUCCAUUCUCUAUAAUGAAACUUAAGAAUAGAAAUCCACAGAUGCCAAAUCAAUGCCUCAAGCUGCCUUUCUAAAUUUAUCAUAAAUAGAUCAAAAUGUUGAAUAAAUGGAUAAGGAUAGUUUUGAAAAUAUACACAUCAUAGAGAAUAAUCUAAUAAACACUUCAUUCAAUGAUACUACAAUAAUUAGUCCAUUGAUGCCUGUAGUCUAAUUCUUAGAUAAGACUAACAAGCGAAGUUUUUUGGGGAAACCUAAAGUGAAGUUCGAAGAAGGUGGCAAGAUUGUCACAAUGCAAAAGAACACUGUUAUUAUAUCCCAAGAAUUGUAUUGUCAGGACAAUAUAGAAAUACGCAUACGGAUCUUAUCAUUUCUGUCUGGUUGUCUGCACUUUGGAUUUAUUGAGAGAACAACUUAUGAAUUGACCAAGAAUAUCGAUAAUGUUGGGAUUUGGGCAUGUUUAGAUAGUCAAAGUAGUAGUGAUCAUUCGAGAUUGGGGAAAGUGCAGGAAUUCUGCUUAUAAAUUGAUAGCAUUGUGGGUUUGAAUUUAAACUUUGUGGAUGAUGUAGUUAGUUUGAGGUUGUUUACAAGAGAUGGCAUUUUGAUUUUGUUUUAGAAGAAGGGAUGUUUGAUGAAGCAGAAACAAUAUGUUUAUAUAUCAUGUUUGGAAGGAUAGACGAAAUUAGAAGUUUUAAAUUGA